AUGGCGGCGGAGCACCCGCAUGCACACCCGCGCCGCCACCUAGCGAGGCCUUUUUCUCAUCUCCUUCGCGCCCGCCUCCGUCCGCGAUGGCCUUCUCUUAAAUCUCUCGAUUUUGUCUCCCCGCGUCUCUUCCGUUUCUUCGGCUUGCUCUGUUUACUCGCCUGUUUCGCUAUUGCUGAGCGACAGUUCCGACUCAUCACAUCGCAUCACCGCCAAGUCGCGGAUCGUGAAAAAACCCAUAUCUUGACGAGCAAAAUUCUCUCCCAUCAAAAACCGCUACACAACGAUGACCACGACCUCACAGAUCAAAAUGUAAUCCCCAAACCGUUCUCCGCGAGCGAGAAAUCGGUCCAUUUGUGGCGCCGCAUCGACCAUGAUCUGCCCCCCGAGCAAAACCCGCCAGACUCGGCUUUGUACGGAACGGGGACUGAGAAAUGUUUUUCCCUGGGCCUCCCAGAUGCGGCGAAGCAGCCGGUGCGGAAAGGAGACCCCGCCGCGUUCUGGCAGAUGAACUCUCGCGCUAUGUGCUAUUCCCCAAACCCUGUGUGUCUGUCCGGUGGGCACCUUGACCACUUCAUCAGUUUUGAGCCACGUGGAUCGGGGUCAUGCAAUGUCCUCGCCGUAGAAAAGGGGCAAAUCAUUCCCGGAGCCAGGGCAGGCCUUAAUGAGUCAUGCGCUGCUUGGAGAUGGAGGCAGGUUGUCAGCAUGUAUGGUAAGGAGCACUUUACCACACACCAGCGUUGGACCGAAGCCAUUGCAACGAUCAAGCAUCCAAACCCAAGACAUCACCCCGUCGAGUGGCUGCCCGAUUUUGCUAUCAUUGUUCCAAAGUAUCCAUGGUCCUACAAUAUAUGCCAUUAUAACAGGAUCUGGAACUAUGUUCUUUACGUCAUUAAGAAUUUGAAUCUCUUCGUUCCUGAUGCUGACGAGAUCAAAAAUAUACACGUCCUCUUCCGGUCAGGGUUCAACUAUCAUGAGCAGUGGCAUGUUGGCAUUCGGAAUGCCACUCUCCCAUUGGUCAUGGAAGAGACAGGGAAGCAGAUCCAUAUUGGUAAACUUCGGUAUGAUCCCCUUCGCGACUUCAGAUGUUGGCGCCGGGGGAUAGUGUUGGGGCGAGAGGCCAGGAUCGACGCCUUUCCGUUUUUAAAUGAUACGCCGGUGUGGCGUCCCGAGCAGCAGCUCGACGACUCUCACUGGCCAGUCAUUCCGCAUGACUCGCUCUGGCUUCGCGAAGCUGUCAUGAAGGCCUUCAAGCUGCCGAGCAUUGGGAAAUAUGACGGGCCUGGGAUUCGCAACUUUGUAUCACUGCGUGUGCCACCGCUGCGAGUUGGCAUCCUGCAGAGAUCACCGAGAUCCAGACGGCGGCUGGCGCCGGGAGGAAAAGGGUGGUUUGAAAGCACUCUGCGUGAGCUUUGUGAAAAGCACGGAAUGGAGUUGGUUCAUGUACACACGAGCGGGACGAUGAACCUGGGGGAGCAGGUGAGGCAGGUGAAGGACCUUGGGAUGGCCGUGGGGCUUCACGGGGCCAAUAUGGUAAACACGAUGUUCAUACCGGCUGGAGGGGCGAUGUUUGAGAUCUUUCCAUGGCGGUAUGUUAGAUUUUACUACGCGGGAGGUGGGAAUUCUGGGCUGCGGUAUAGUUUUCAUGAGCCGGAGGGCGGAAAGGAUAUGCAUUGUUCGUUUGAGAAGUCGUGGUGCUUUAUGAAGUAUAGAGAGGCUCGCAUUUUUCUGACAAGAAGAGACAAGGAAACAAUACGAAGCCGCCUCGAUGUGGCGAUGGGGUACAUCAAAGGGUUGCAUCGGCGCUAUCCAGAUGGUUCCAUUCCGUUGCGCAGGGAGGGGGGAGUGUAUCAUUUUGACAAGUAGGUGUACUGUAGUUGUGGUGAAGAUUUGACUUGGCCGCUGUGUACAUAAUCGCGAGAAAGGCUGUUUGUAAAUUGACAUAAGGGA